CCCGCGGUGACCGGGUCUGUCUCAGCCCUCGGGCGUGUGGAGGACCGGGCAUGGGCAUGGAGAUGUGGAUGUGGGUGAUCAUGGCGCUGACCGGCGCGAGCAGAGCCGCUGAUGAGUGCAGCUGGAAGGGAAGUGGUCUCUCUCAGCCGGAGCAGAGUGUGGAGCAGGUGUUCCUGCGCUGUUCAGAAGGUUCCGUCGAGUUCCUGUACCCCACCGGAGCCCUGCGCCUCACCCUCUUACCCCGUCUACCCGGCCACAGGGUGGGUGGGGCCGCUGGGACACCCUCGUCCGUCUGCAUCAAGCCGGAGCCUCAGUGGGGCGGGGCCCAGCUUUACCUGGAAAGAGGCGGAGUCUUGGAGCUUCUAGUGAGCGACCCACCAGGUCCUGCUCGCAUUCACUGUUUCAGCCUUGCACCUGGGGAAAGCACCGCCCUGUUCCUGCAGGCCACACCCCACAGCGACAUCAGCAGGCGCAUCGCGGCGUUCCGCUACGAACUGAGAGGAGACUGGAUGCCACAGAUAUCCGUCAACACCGUGGACGAUGAUUUAGACAGAGAAGAAGGAGCGUGCAGGCCAUGUAACGACACAGAGAUGCUGAUGGCAGUGUGCACCAGUGACUUUGUGGUGCGUGGGAAUAUCCGUGCUGUGGAAGUGGACCCCGGGCAGCGCGUCUCGGUGAUCAGGGUGAGCACCACACGUGUGUAUCGUCAGAAGUGGCCUGUGUUCUCCAGCGUGGGUCGGCGCACUCACUCCGGAGAGAUCCGAACUCUGCUGCGCUGCGGUGUCCGCGCUGGCUCCGGGAGCUUCCUCUUCACCGGACACGCCCACUUUGGGGAGGCGUGGCUCACCUGCGCACCUAGGUACAAGGACUUCCUGCGAGUGUACGAGCGUGCCAAGCAGGACCUGCAGAUUCCCUGCACCCUCGACACGUGACCAACACUGAGAUGGGACGUCUUCUUCACAGAGAGAGAGACAGACGAGGAGAUCUUCAUAAAGAUCCUCAGAUACAGAACAGAGAAACAUCAGGCACACACACA